GCAUAGGGCAAGGUGAAGAGACUCCGACAACACUGCAUGUGCAACGUGCAGUGUGCACUGGACGUGCACUUCAGUGCACUCUCGACACGCCUCGCUUCAAUUGCCAUCGAACCCACUAAACUGAUCUAAUUACGCUAUGUGGAGGUUAGGAACUGUUUACUUGUCAAAUUCGCAGCGUCGGGAGGAAACGUAGGCGCAACAUGAGAUAGAUCUGAAGCGGAGUGACUAGACGUUCUCGUGGAAAUCAUGUUUUUCCCGGUAGGGUGGCCGCGGGUUCUGAAUUCCAGCGAGCCGAACAAGAUAAACGCCGUGGUCUGCAACAGGGACAAGAUUCUCUUUGCCGUUCUCACCACGGACGCUCUCACCAUCUGGUACUGCAAGCCAUGUGUGCCAAUUGUAUUCAGCAGACGAUCUACGGUUUCUUUGCAAAAACAUGGUGAGAAUGUCUUGGUACAAUGGAGACCAGACUCGAGUAUGCUGGUUAUUGCGACGUCGGACAGCUACCUGCUGUUCUACCGACUGUCAGACAGCAGUCCAGAAGGCCAUGGACUCUACGAGCAACGAGAUUCACCGGUUACCAGUUUAAAGCGGGAUAGUGCGGAAUUGUUCAUUAAAGAAAUCAUUCCAUCGCUUGUUCUAAAUUUCGAAAAGUCAGCUUGGAUCGAUGGUGGAAUCAGUUCAUUAGUUUGUAUACGAGACGAGCUUAUGGUAGCGACGAAAACUAGCCACGUGGUGCGUCACAAAUGGGACGGCACCAUGAAUCGUGAUUAUUCCUUGGACCUGCGACGUAUACCGUUCAGUAUUGAUCAGCAAAUCUCUACCGUGGCUGUGCCGCUUACAGAGAACAAUAUAUAUGUCACUGAUAUUGAAUAUUCGCCUCUCGUUGGAGGCUUCGCCAUUGUGCUCAGCAAUGGUAAAGCUGCAUUUCUUACUGCUCAAUCUUUGAAGUUUGACCCAAACCAAGUGCAAGGAAUUUGGGCACGGGAUUUGGACGAUGCUACUUGCGCUGCUGUUAAUCAUAAGUAUCGACUAAUCGCUGUCGGUAGACAAAACUCCGAAGGUGUCGUUUACUAUGUCGACGAAACGACAGGAGGCUUAGAGAUGUCGCACACUCUAAGUCUAUCCUCCAAAGAUUACCCUGGUCGACCAGGCAGUGUCAAGUGUCUCCGAUGGACACCCGACAGCUGCGCCAUCGCUCUAACCUGGGAGGGUGGUGGCCUGGCGCUGUGGAGCACUUUCGGUGCUUUGUUACUCUGUAGUUUAAAGUGGGACUACGGCCUACGAGUGGAUCUGACACACGAUAAUCCUUUGCACAUCCACACGAUGGAAUGGUCGGCGGAGGGUUAUCAGUUGUGGAUGCUGCGAGAAUCUCCAGGACCCUCGGUUACCGAGGAAAACGGCAACGAGACGUUUACCUUAAGUCGCUCUCUCAUUCAACUGGACUUUGCCAAAAGUCCGCUGACCAUCAACCCGUGCAUGGGCCAUCAUGGGCACCUGUAUCUUCAAGGCGAGGAUAGGCUGUAUCUGAACCUGGGCGCCGGGCUAUCGUCGACAGCCUCGGGCUUUCAUCUCGCUACUGAAGUGCCUAACGACAGCAUGCUUCAGACACUUGCCGGCUGCAAGCAGUGGCUCGUUGUGCCCAUCCCGACUGCGUAUAGCGGCUCUAAUUGGCCAAUUCGGUACACCGCAAUAGACAGCGAAGGUUUGAGUCUGGCAGUGGCGGGUCGGACGGGAUUAGCUCAUUACUCCCUGCCGUCGCGAAAGUGGAAGCUAUUCGGCAACGAGAGCCAGGAACGAGACUUCAUAGUGACCGGUGGCCUGCUGUGGCACAAGGGAUACCUCAUAGCUAGCAGUUAUUCUAUUCUAGACGAUAAAGACGAGAUCAGGAUUUACCCACGUGACACUCGACUCGAUAAUAAUUACGUGAGGAGUAUUAAAAUGCCGUCGCAAGUGUUGCUACUAAACACGAUGAAGGAUAGACUCUUGACCUUCUGUGCCAAUGCUCAGAUUAGUAUUUACGACAUGGUGCUACAAAAUGAUGUUGAAGCCGGCGGUAUCGAGCUAACAAGAAUACAAACGGUAGACAUCAGCGGCCUGUGCAUACAUCCUGCUUGCGUGGUCAGCGCUACGUUGACCACGAUUCGCGCGGAAACUGCGGGCAGCCAUCCUCACCCCGAAAGCCUCCUGCUGAACGUUUCUGGACGUCUCUUGAUGGUGCAACGGGAGCAUUGUACCGACAAUACGGAAGUCUUGUUCACGUGCGGCGCGCCGACGGUAUUAGCCUCCUACGUGGAAAACGUCUGGGUACCGUCGCGCUCGAGAAGAGACAAACCGCACUUAACCGAGGCGCUGUGGCUGUUCUGUGGCGCUCACGGCAUGCGAGUCUGGUUGCCGCUGUUCCGUAACCAUCAGGAGAAGGCGCACGCUUUCAUGAGCAAGCGGAUAAUGUUACCCUUUCACCUGCGGAUUUAUCCGCUGGCGAUACUAUUUGAGGAUGCGAUUCUACUGGGCGCCGAGAACGAUACUGUGCUGUUCACCUCGGAUGCGAACUCUCCCUUCUCGCUGCCUUUCAAUCUGUUGGAGCUCACGAGCCAGGUGUACCUACAUCAGAUACUGCGACAGUUGAUACAUCGGAACUUGGGAUAUCACGCGUGGGAGAUAGCGCGCUCGUGCUCCGCACUGCCGUACUUCCCGCAUUCCCUAGAAUUGUUGCUGCACGAGGUUCUCGAGGAGGAAGCGACGAGCAAGGAUCCUAUCCCGGACGCCCAGUUACCGUCCAUCAUAGAGUUUAUCCGCGAAUUUCCCGGCGUGUGGGCCAGAGCCGUCGUGCAGUGCGCUCGGAAGACGGAGAUCGCACUCUGGCCGUAUCUAUUCUCCGUCGCCGGUCCACCGAAGAAGCUGUUACAAGAUUGCCUGCAGCGUCAGCAACUCGAUACCGCUGCCAGCUAUUUAAUUAUUUUACAAAAUCUGGAGCCGUCUUCCGUCAGCAGGCAGCACGCCACGUUAUUGUUGGACGCCGCGUUAGAGCAAGGUAGAUGGGAACUGUCGAGGGACCUUGUGAGAUUUCUUCGAGCAAUCGAUCCGAAUGACGUGGAAUCACCGCGCACAUCGUGGGGUGGCAGUGCGAAACUAGGUGGCCCUCCCCAGACGCCUCCUCUUUCUCCUCACGAAGACGACUUGUCCCUAGUUCUGGGCACUAUGCAAGUUUCGAGAAGCCGUAGUUACAGCACUACGAUUACGCCGAAAGUGCAAUCCGAGAAAGACGUUGCGCCGUCGUCUAUGCUCGAGAAAACCCGAAACGUUGUUAUGAGACGGAAGAAAUCCGUUCCGACAGUAAAGACCAGUGAAAAAACUGAGAACAAGGAAGGAUCAGCGGAAGAAUUUUUCAUUGACGUCAUCUUGCAACGUCACGCUCGACGAUUGCUCUCAGCUCGCCGCUUGACCGAUUUAGGUAGAUUUGCGGCACGUCUCGAUUUUCACUUAGUGACAUGGUUCGCUCGGGAACGCGACAGGGCAGCGAAAAUUGACGAUUACGUCGGUACUUUGAAGGCGGUCCACGAAGACUUCGCAUUUCCAUAUCCGACGCUCUCGUUGCCGACGCUGCAGAAGCUUCGGAGAUCCAGCCUCACGUCCCUGCACUCUGUAAUCCCGUCGGACGACGAGACUCUGUCGCCAAACCUGGCGAUCGAUUUACCUGACAGUGGUUACACUAGUCUUCCAAGUGGUAGACCACCGUACACUACGUUGGUCUCACCCGUCGCCAGCUUGGAAACCCAGUUUCCAACUGCAGAAGCCAAAUUAACGCCGAAUCUAAUAAACGAUGCCAACAGUGUUCUUAGCGAUACUAGUACGAUCUGGAGAGACGACGCGGAAUCGAUUGUUGGCUCCGUAUGCUGGGUCUCGCCGGAAUCGGUGGGACCUACGGAGGUCAAUCCGGCAUCGUCAACUUCUGCGCCAAUCGGCCGGGCAGAAGUGCAGCUCAGGUAUUUGCUGCAGCUGUUUCUUGAAGGCAGCUGUCUGGGAUGGGCCGCGGUGGUAGCUACUGUUCUUCGGGACGCGGCGGCCAUGGCUAGAACUAUCCGAACAGCGCACGCACCGAUGCAAACUUUCGAAUCUAUAAUCAAUCUAAGAGACGGCCUGCUUACGCUGACCAAAUGGUCCCACUCAGAAUGCUUAGGAUACCGCCCCUUCAUGUCCAACAUCCAAGGCCAGAUAUCACUGCUGAACAGAUUGGUGAUCACGAAGCAACAGCAGGAACAAGAACAAAUACCGGAGAGCCCUUCGCCGAGCCCGGCUCCGUCCGCUGGCAACAAUCAGCGCGCGUCUCUCUCUCGUUCGAGACACUCGUCGCUCAGUCACGCUUCCAACACGACUCCGCUCGAGGAAGAGCGCUCGCUCGAGUCACCGCUGACCGUCGAGGAGUCGGCGUUCCACGGAAGUUACAAUAAUAAUCUCAACGUCACGGAGGAAGCUGCUCCACAGAGCACUUGCGCAAUCUCUUAAAGAUGUCGGAUGAAACAAUAAUGGCUGUUUAUUUCGCUGUGGAUUUUGUAUACCAAAAGAAGCUCUUUCCAAUUAAGCCCCCGAUUGUCUCAGUUUUAGUCUCGCACUAUGCGAGAGAUUUUACUCGAUUUAUUUUUCGAGUUAGGCUUUUCUAUCACUGCACGAUAAUUAUCUCAAAGGAAUUUUGUCACAACGUAAGAAGGUAAGGUCUUAAUUGUUCUAGCAUUGAUCGAGGAAGAUUUUUGCAAUGCGAUAAUAAUAUCCUACAAAAUUAAUAAUCAAUAAUCUCUGCGUACGUUAUUUUAUAAAAGUAAUUCUUACGAUUCUCGAAGGGAUUCUGAAAAUUUGUAAAUAAAGCUUUGCAUUUUUUUAUUGGUUUUACAUCGCAAUUUUUCGAUUGUACAAAUUGAAUCAUGUAAAAAUUAGUGACUCAAUAUCUGUAUAUAAGCAGUGAUAAUACAUUGAUAUUAUUGUUUAAGUAUACCUUGCAUUUCGAAUCGCGGCGAUUCAGGAGUGAUUCGGCUGCUCAUUUAUUAAUUAUAAGCAAUAGAGCAGCAAUAUAACCAUGAAUGAAUGGACGAUGAUUCCAAAAUAUUCAAAAUCAAAAUUGAUACAUCAAGAGGUCUGAUAUUAUGAUGAUAAUUAUGUAACGCUAAAUGAAAAUUACUAAUAAGCUAUUUAUAUAUAUACAUAUAUAUUGUAAUAUAGUUAUAUAAAUAUGUUAUAUUUUCCCAUAAAAUA